UUUAAUUUCUAGGUUGCCCCAGGUGACCUUCCGCAUUAUGUUUCCCUGUACAAUGAAUGACUUAUUAUAACACCCGAGUAUAGAUCAGUGAUAGGAUGUGUCGUAAAGAAACAGGUGGCAAAAUCCUUCACAGGCCCCCUGCAUUACAAGCGCAUCGAUCCGAAACGCUGCCCAGUUAUUGCAGUGUUACAACGAUAAAGGCGAGUUCUAGCGGCCUAAUACCAGCAGAGCGGUGGGACGCAUUCAGCUGUGUUAGGGAUAGGGUGUGAGAAGCCUGGGUGUGAGAUCUGUAGCAGUGUAUGUGGGAGUCAUACGGUCACCCAGUGUUCACCUGUGCUUUUAAGACAAGAGCCUAGAGAGACGGGCGACGUCGAUGCCCCGUGUAUUCCCCGAUCACAAACAAGCAGGACCGAUUCGCACUCUUCUGCACUCUCAAUUCUCUCUGCCUGAACCGUUCAGCUGUGGGGUUUACCUUCACAUACCUGUGCUGUCCAUGACCGUCGAUCCCGCCCUACACACGCGCACCUGCCCGCCAAGGUGCGUCUCCCAGACAGCGUCAUUUAAACCCAACACCAGUGCAAAUCUGGCGGCUGGUUAACAGUUAACCCACGUCUCAGGCGGUAGCCGCUACGACGCAGGUGGCAAGUACAACACGAUUGGCGGCAUGGCGGCUAACAUGAUUGAGGAGUACACCUUCAAGGUGGAAUAUCUGGGGAGCCUGAUGCUGAGCAAAACGGCCACGGGCUUGGCCGCCAUUCAGAAACCGCUACGAGAACUUUACCUGAACAACAUCCGGAAAAGCGACACGAAAAUCCAAGCUCAGGAGAGAACCAUCAAAGUUCGGCCGGAAGGGAUUCUCAUGAUCUUCAAAGACUCUUCCGGCAGUGGUCAGGCCAAACACGUUUUUUACGAAAUGUCCUCGAUUCACUUUAAGGAUUCUGUGACCUUCGUGACCCGCCGGGGAUCCGACAAAAAGCUGAGAGGCGGUUUCGAACCAUUGGAGGAACACCGGCGUGGAAGCGCUGACGGCUUUUUCACAAUGCUGGACAAGAAGUUUUACUACCUCUCCGACAAGCGCCACCCCGCUCUCUUUGUCUGCGUCAUGAGGCGACCUUUAGGUGUCAAAGCCUUAGACUGUCACGUGUUUGUCAUGGCCAAUCACAAAGAGGCUGUGCAGAUCGUGGAUAUCAUUAACCAGCUGCAGUGUAAAGAAGUGGCUUCUGUUCACGAGAGCUCCAAAACUCUGCCCUAUCAUCAGAGCGGAGGAAACGGAGUAGAAAUAACCAAAUUACCCGCCUUCAGACCGACCGACCAUCCCGCUCAACAAACCACUGGUCAGCGUUACGAGUUGCGAGACGAAUUCUUCCGGCCGAACGCCUAUGACGCCUAUAACUCCGACAACAGACAAAAGUACCGGAACUCAAGUGACACCAGGUCAAACCUGUCCAACGAGGUCAGUAUGCAGCCGUCCGGAGUGACGGUAUUCCACAACACCGUGGAUGAUUUCGGCAGGCCCACCCAGCCUGAUCGUGAAGACGCCGUUAGGUUGAGACAUCCCGGGAACCGCAAUCUGAACACGUCUUUCGACGACAGGAAGUACCUGAGCGUGAACACUUCCUUCGACGACGACAAAAGAAGGCCUAACGGGAAUUUGUCCUUCGACGAAACCAGACGUCCGUUUUCAAUGUUCCAAGAAGGUUAUGACAGACGCGCAGAGGUUGUGUCGAGCCCCCCGGGCUACGGGCAACGUUAUUCUCCGGACGACUCAGCGCUGGGCGGCAGAUCCCCUGUGGGAGGGAGGGGAAACCUAUCCACACCGAUCAAUCGGUCGCUAUCGCCCAUCCCUAGGACGGCCCCAAAACCAGACCGAAACUCACAGCCUGUGUCCCCGAUUUCGAAAGGAAACCCGUCGACAACGCCGUCCUCACCGGGAUGGGGACCGGUGGCAUCGAUGUCUAACCUAGAGAGUAGACAGGAACUGGAGAGAGGUAAGCGUAUCAGCGAUCCUCCAGUCAGCGAGGUCCAAGAGGAAAAGUCUAGACCCAUUGCCAAAGUUCCGCCUCAUUUAGUGGCCGGUGUUAAAGUGCUUCCCACGGAAUUCAAAGUGCCACUAAGGAAAACAAGUCCCCAAGCGUCCCCGCGGUGCGAGGAUCCUAACCGCUAUAACAAUCUCUCCGUCAACCCCAACUACGACGACGAUUACCGACUGAAGGGAGAUUACCCGAUGAAAAACAACCACGACAACCGCAACGAGUUUCAGUACAACAACUACAACAAUCAACACAACAGCCAACAACAAAGCCACAAUCGAAACAACAGCUCUGGUAACUAUGGAGAUCACGGUUACAAAGAGAUCCCGUACAACCACGGCGGUCCCGGCAACCAUUCUUUCCAGGGCGUUGGUUCAUCACCGAAGGGCUACAGGGAUCAGUCGUACAACUACAACAAAGCACCGCCUUACGACAAUCCUCCUCAUCAUCAGGGAAACCGGUUCAAUGACUCUCAAGAAUGGGGCUAUAGAGAAGGGCCAUACAGGGGACAGGGAUACGGGAGCCGGGGGGAGCCCAUCCGGGAUCCUGCCACGGGAGAGAUGGACAAGCCUCCUGGGUCACUAAAGGACAAAGAAAUAGCCUCCCUUGUGUCUAACAUAUAUAUAGGCCCCAACUCCAACGUGGACACGAACUUUGAGCAGUCCCUUGGGUACUAUCCUUAAUGAACUCCUAUGAGGUCAACAUAGCUCUCACACGGGACUUGCCCAUAACUUUGAGGUGCUAACCAUAAUUAUUUCGGAUACUACCCUUGACAUCAUUUCGGACGUUCCUAUAAAUCAUGAAAGCGCUAUAGUGAACUUUGUCAGAUGGCCUCCAUUGUUAAUGAGCGCAGGUAGAGUGUGUCACCAUCGUUUUUGUGACAGCAGGGUGUGAUUCUGACAAUGUGCAAAUGUGAUAAAUGUGUGUCUCUGUGUAGACUGAUCAUUUGUUGUACGCUGUCGCUGAAACAGAUUCCGUACAGAUAUACAUCAUCCACGGAACAGAGAGUGUGAAAGAACACCUAAACUGUGGUAAAUCGACUGUAACUUGGUGCCUGUUAUGGAUUGUUCACAAAGCAUACAGAGCCGGUUCCCUCUCAGACACGUGCCACUAUCUGAGUAGUAUCCAACGUGGUCCUGUUGUAGCAUAAUGUGACGUACCACAGCCGUGUAACCUAUGAAUUGCCUGCUCGGUCUAAGGGUGAGCGGGAUUUAAACUGGUGUGUGCUGGCAAACAGGGUUCAAACUGGUGUGCUGGCAAGCGAUGGAGACUCAAACUGCUGUGUUGGCGAGCAGGAUUCAGACUACUGUGUUGGUGAGCAGGAUUCAAACUGCUCCUUUGGCGAGCAGGAUUCAAACUGGUAUGUCUGCCUGAAUGCCAAAUUAAGCUUGGACCACAAGGCGGCGUCGUAGACGUGAACAAUAUAACAGUUCAGACAGCGUUUGCUUUGUGUUCCAUGUACUCUCCAUUAACAAUAUUGAUAACCACAAAACCUAGAAAAACCCCUACGAGAGCCUCGUGCUUGAGUUCUUUCCUGGAUGACUGCUCCAUCUUCGUUAAACGGAUUGAAUUUAUGUUAAAAUUCUCUUGUGAGAAGUUCAUAUGACGAGAAUUUCAUUCCACAGAAUCUGGAAGUUUUAUCUGGGAGUAAGCUUAUUGCUUUCGUCAGCUCUUGGAACGAGAAAACCUGAUAAGAGUUAUUAUCUGCUUAAGACUCAUAGUUUUGCAUGGGUUCAAUAAUAAUAAUGAAGUGAAGGCAUCACCACGUAAAUGUAACAAACGUUUCACAAGCUUUCAAUCCACAUGCCGGGAUCAUUAUAAAGUCGAGAUAAUGAUCUUGGCAUGUGGAUCGAAAGCUUGUGAAACCUUUGUUACGUUUACGUGGGGAUACCUUGACUUAGUAGAACAUAACGGGGCUUUAUUUUACAAUCAUACAUUGGCAGUAUAAAGUACCCUUUAUACUAUAAAGUGUAUAAAGUGUUUCAUCACUUAACCUUGCACAAAACAGCAACAAACUUGUGCAUUUACAAAUAACUCUAUUCAAUACAAAUUUCAUAAGGAAUACUUUAUCAGGAUGACCCAGUUCAAAACAGUACUAUUUUGUGCUAUAUAUAUAUAUUUCCUUUACAAAUAAGAAUCGUCAAUUACUGGUGUUUUUAAACGCAAUAAGAAGUAAUUACUUUGCAAACAACACAAGCAAUUAUUGUUAUAAUUGGCUAGGAUUGAUUGCGGGUGAAUGUUGAGUUACAGUAUACUUAGCCUAAAUCAUUAUACUUCCAAAACUAUCGUGAAGGCGAUCUGAUCCCCGGGAUGUGAUAAUAUACUUGUACACACAAUACAGCUCUUGUCAUAAUGCCUUUGUGCUCAUGUUGCAGUUAAGCAUAUGUA